GAGGAGGAGGAGGAGGAGGAAGGGAGGCGGACGAUGAGGAGACAACUACGAUCCGCGAGAAGUUCCCGCUGGGUGGGGAGAUGAGUGCAAGCUGCAAGCUACUGGACGGAUACAUGAAAAAACCCGUGAAACCAACUCCAAAGAAAGUGCUUCAUGCGAUCGCAGUGAUUCAACGUGAAUGGUUCAAAGCCUCGAGUCAGAAGAAUGCCAAUCCACACCAGGUGGAGGACUAUUUGGACGAGUUUGAGGAGAUAUCGCACGAACAUCUCGCCAAGGUCGUAAACAUGGCCGACAACAACGGCAACACGGCCCUGCACUACUCCGUCUCCCACGGCAACUUCGACAUCGUCAGUCUGCUGCUAGACUCCAAGGUCUGCGAUGUCAACCGACAAAACAAGGCUGGUUAUACUGCCAUCAUGUUGGCCUCCCUCGCUGUGAUCAAGAAUGAAGCUCAUCGCAGCGUAAUCCAACGUUUAUUCUCACUUGGCGACGUCAACAUACGCGCCUCACAGCACGGACAGACGGCUCUCAUGCUUGCGGUGAGUCACGGCCGGCUCGACCUCGUGCGCAUGCUGCUGGAGGCCGGCGCAGAGGUCAACAUCAAGGACGUUGACGGGUCGACGGCGCUCAUGUGCGCGAGCGAACACGGACACAUGGAGAUCGUCAAGCUGCUGCUCGCACAUCCGGACUGCGAUCCGAGCUGCAGUGAUAACGACGGUAGUUCGGCUCUGUCCAUCGCCGUCGCCAACGGUCACCGCGACAUCGGACUGAUGAUUUACGCGAGGAUGAGUCUCUCACGACAAGGUUCACCGCUCAGGAAAAUGUCACCGAACACGGCGAAGUCGCCGCUGGUGAAGCGAACGAGCAGUGGCAGCGAUUCGUCUAGGUCUGGUUCCCCGCAACACAGCAUGUGGUUCUACUGUGUUAACUUCCAAGGUCUCAGCAAAAAUAGUUACUGCGUCGUUAGCAACGAAGGAGCGGCUUGGGUCUAUGAGGUGUGA